AUUUUGUAAUGGUCAUCCGAGGUUUCAACAGAGCUGUGGUCAUUCCCACAAACUAGUUAAAUGUCGACCUUCGACGGAUGAGCAUUCAAAGUCUCCUCGCUCAGAGAGUAGCAGAAGUAAGCAGUGUCCCAACUAUUAUCAGUUUUAAAUUGCCAGUAAGACAUUUUUGUUUGCCAUGUCGCAACCAAUGUCGGUGAAUUCUGCUAAUCAAUUUAUUGGGAGUCGGAUCAGCCUCGUGUCCAAGGCUGACAUCCGAUAUGAAGGAAUUCUUUACUCCCUGGACCUCCGGGAAGCGACCAUUUCUCUGGCAAAGGUUCGCUCUUUUGGAACGGAGGAUCGUCCAACGGAACGCCCCAUUCCUAUGAAGGACGAAAUUUAUGAGUUUAUAAUCUUCAGAGGGUCGGAUAUUAAGAGUAUUGAUGUGCUGGAACCACCAAAGUCCAGCUCAACGAUGGCCUGUGGUCUUCCUCAAGAUCCGGCCAUCAUCGAAGUCUCGCAUUUCCGGUCUGGCAGUGGUGGACAUCACUCGUACGCGAAUGAUCAUCCCAUUAGAUACUCGAAUAAUCGAGGAGAAGGCGUGUUUGAAGGAUUGCUUCGUGGUGGACGUGGAGGAGGGGGACGCAAUUCUUCCCAAGAGACUGGAAUCCAUGCUGAUCGUAGGAGAAGCAACAGUGGACGCAACAAUAAUUACAAUAAUCGGAAUAACAAUACUGAUCGUCGCUCAAGGCAGGACAACAAUUACCGGAAUGGCGGAAAUGGUGGCGGUGGCGGCGGUGGAUCCCGAGCUGGACGAGGCAACACUCCGAACCGAAAUUCGAAUCGGGGUGGAGGCGGCGGAAGGAAUGGAAGUGGUGACCGGGACCGAGACCGCGACCGCAGGGCGACGAGUGGAAACCGCAGUCAAAGGGGUGUUAUUCCGGCCCAAAUGCCUCCCAAGGUCACGUUUGAGGAUCCGUUUGACUUUGAAAAAUCAAACGAGGAGUUGAAAACGGCUAUGGAGAAACUUAAGAUAACCGGUGACGAGGAAAAGAAGGAAGGGACCGAGAUUACGGGAAUUGUUGAGGACAAGAAGCAGGAGGAUCCUGUGACUUACUACGAUAAGGACAAGUUCUUUGAUAACAUUAGCUGCGAAGCACUGGAAAGGACCAAGGGAAAACCACACCGACAAGACUGGCGAGCUGAGCGAAAAAUGAAUGCAGAAACCUUUGGCCUUACUUGGAACCCGAAUCAACGUAACAAUGGACCACGAUACAAUAAUUACAACAAUCGAGGACGCAACAACAACUCCCGAGGGGGUGGCUAUCGUGGGGAUCAGCAAAUGCGUUACAAUAAUUACAACAACCGGAACAACAAAUUUAAAUGAUAACUCAAAUAUGAAACAUUUCCAUUAAAUACUUUACAAAGCAUGUUAUUAUGCAUAAUAAAUACUUGAUUCAAGUCGUAAUAUAAAAAUGA